GCACGAUUGCUGCUCGACCCGCUAAGUUCCUCCGAUAAAAUGGAGACACAAGAGACAGCAGAUGCUGAAAUCUGGAGCGACACACAAAGGCGCUGGAGCACCACGAAAGUGGGUCAGGCUGCAGCUAUGGAGGAAAGUGGACAGUCGACGUCGAGACCCUUCCAACAACUUGGUUAUGGCUCCAGAUUCCAGCAUCUUAUGUCUCCUCCAGCAGAUUGUUUGUUGCAAUGAAUAGGAGCAACAUACGUGUUUAUAAGGGCGAUAUUUCCAAUGAAAAGACACAUUUCCAGCAACUUCUGAAAUACUGUAAACACAGCAAAUCAGGCAGCAUUUGUAGAGAGAAAAUGUUAACGUUUCGGGUCGAAGACGCUCAAAUAUUAACUCCAUUUCUCUUUCCGCAGAGGUUACUUGACCUGCUGCGUGUUCCAGCGUUUAACGUUUGUAGCUCGUAUUUUCAGCAUCUGCAAUAUUAUCCCCAGCAACUUUUGUUUUAAUUGCGGCAUCGUCACGUGACCAGAGGCGUGUGUGCGGCGCGGGCUCCCAUAUCGUUGAGGUCUAAGGUACUGCGCAUGGCUGUCUCUGGGCCAUCACGUGAGUGGUGACGCGGCGCGCCGUUGGAGACGCACAGCCGAGGCCCAGCGAGGAGACAAGAUGCCGAAGUAUUACUGCGAUUACUGCGACACCUACCUCACCCACGACUCCCCGUCCGUCCGCAAAACGCACUGCGAGGGCCGCAAGCACAAGGAGAACGUCAAGGACUACUAUCAGAAAUGGAUGGAGGAGCAGGCCCAGAGCCUCAUCGAUAAGACCACGGCCGCCUUCCGCCAGGGCAAGAUCCCGCCCACCGCUCCUUUCCCGGCGCCGGCCGGGCCGCCUCCAGCCGGGGCCGCCAUCCCGCCGCCUCCUGGCAACGUGGGCGUGCCGCCGCCGCGGCCCGCCAUCCUACCCGGGCCGCCGAUGGGAGGGCCGCCGAUGAUGCCGAUGAUGGGCCCCGCGCCUCCUGGGAUGAUGUUGGUGGGCCCGGGAAUGAGACCGCCCAUCGGCGGCCCCGUGCCCAUGAUGCCGGGCCCGAUGAUGGGGCCUCACCGGCCCAUGAUGGUGCCUUCCAGACCUGGAUUAAUACGGUCAACCAGAUAAGUAAAGGCUGGAAGCAGGACGUUACCCAGUGCAGCGUUUCAUACCACCGAAUCAAAGACAGUCGGACGGCAGCGCCGCCAGUUCAAGAUCAGUUUUAUAACACUUUUUUGUUAUGAGUCUGAGCAGGUCCCAUACCUAUCGCCAUCUUUAUUAAACAACCAAAGUGCAGCCAAUGUGAGCGGAUUUCCAAUUUGCAAAUCUGAAUAAUCGUUUAACAUGUACUGUCCAGUUCAGAGAUUUACUGAAUCUGACUCAGUUAGCAGGAAACGGCUGGCUUGCGUGUUACUUUUCUGGCUGUACAAUUGUUUUUUUUCUCCGGUGUAUUAGACAGUUUAAAAGACAGAUUCUAAUUGUCCAUUUUUUGCCACAUCCUGUGCCACGUCUUUUUUUGGCCGAAAAAUAAAGAUGUAUGGUUGAAAAUUCUUGUACUUUUGUGGGGUCUGAAGUUUGUUACACAGAAUUGAAGAUUCCAAAAUCCACUGAAAGUGGUUGACCCAACUGUGUAAAGGUGAUUAGUCAAAAUAUUAACAUGCAUAUCUUGUUUUUGUUUGAAUUUGCCUUUUAAGCAGAUGAAUCAACUCACUGAAAAACUUUACUUGAAAGUGCACUGUUAUGACAAUUGGUUAUACUUUGUUUUGCUAUCUUUAAUAUUGGGAAUAUUGAUAAUUUUUUAGUUUUUAAUAAACAUCCUUUGGUUGACCUAA